AUUAUCAAAUUUGAUUCGUUUCAGAAAAAACAGUGAAAGAAAGAAGCAGAGGAGAGGAGUCUGCUUUUCUUUUAAGUGAUUCAAGUUAAGUUUAACAAUAUAUUUGCUUUGUACCGUUAGUUUUAAGGGAUGGGACUAAAACCAUACACUUUUUAUAUACUUUAAGGACUAUUACUUUCACUUGACAUAUAAUAAGGAGCAAAAUAAUCCAGCCCCUAUACAUUAGGGACCAUUUUGAUCAUUUCCUCUCCAUUUGACUGGUUUGUGAAAAGGGCUUCUUCUUCUUCUUCCUUUUUUUCUUUGAACUAAUAGGGGCUUCGUUUUGAAUUCUUUCAAAUUUGUGUAAUAUAGAGCUUUCAAAGAGAAGAAAAAAGAUCCAAUUUUAUCUGGUAUAUGCAGAAAAGAUUCAAUUUUUAUAUUUCACACCGAAAAGGUUAAAUUUUUACCUGUUAUAUGCAGAAAAGAUUAAAUUUUUACCUGUUAUAUGCAGAAAAGAUUCAAUUUUUACCUGUUAUAUGCAGAAAAGAUUCGUCUAUGCCACGUGGGGUUUUCAGAAUGAGGUUGAACUGUUUCAGUGAUAGUAAAUUCUUCAGUUCCUCAACCCCUUUGGCUCCUAUUCCCCUCCCUUCUCCAAAGGAGACACAUCUUUGGUAUGUAAUACCAAAUGAAGUGAAGGGUGAGUCUCUUUUGAACAAAUAUAUGGAAAUUUUAUCACCAUGUGAGAAAGAAAAUGUGUUUAGUAUGCGUGGAGAUGAGCAGAGAAAAAGUGCUUUACUUGCCCGUACGUUGGUUAGAACCACCAUUGCAAGAUAUCAGAUAAAUUCUUCGAUCCAACCCAUAUCCCUCAAGUUUAGGAAGAGCAUUCAUGGGAAGCCUGAGGUAGAUUGGCAACACUGUGAUCAUUGUGAGCCUUCUCCUUUGCAUUUCAACAUCUCACAUACAUCAUCUCUGAUAGCUUGUGGCGUUACAAUGAAUUCUCCUAUUGGCAUCGACGUGGAAGCAAAGCAAAGGACAGUAAAGCACAAUGUUUUGACUUUAGCUAGAAGAUACUUCUCUGAACCUGAACUUCAAGUGUUGGCUGCUAUUAAGGAUCCCCAUCUUCAACAUCAGGAGUUUAUCAAAUUAUGGACACUAAAGGAGGCAUAUGUGAAAGCACUGGGGAGAGGUUUCUCUGGUGCACCUUUCAAGACGUUUACAGUUCGUUUUGGGAGUGGUAUUGGAGAAAGCCCUCACCUCUCUCGAUAUUCAAAUACUGAGGCAUCUGAAAUAUCAGUGGAUAUGUUUGACGAUCCCAGUGAUCUAACAAGCAAUUGGCAGUUUAUGCUCCUGGAGUUGGCCGGUUCACAUUAUGCUGCCAUUUGCACAGAAAAGGAUGUCACAAGUGAAGGUAAUAAGAGUGGUCCUAUGAAGUUAACAGUCAGAAAGACGAUUCCAUUUGUUGAAGACGAGUGUGUUUCUGGAACAGAGGCAGUUCGUGUACUUUGUGGCUUUUAGAUAAUACAUACUACAUACCCCUUUCUCUGUUGAAAAGUUCCAUCGAUGCACUGGAUGUCUAUAUAUUGGAUACAACAUGGAAAAAAUUGAAUCUUCACCAUGUUUGCCAACUUGGUCAUUCUGUCUUCUUUUGUGGGUAGCAGUCUUUGUGUUAUGACAUGUCCACUGCAUAUUGGCACUAACAUUCUUUCAGUUAGUAUUUGUUGAAAGCAAUGUGAUCGUGCCAUCUGAAAUUGGUAUUUUUUUCUUAGUAAUAAAGGUUGUGUCAGGUCU